UACACUGAUGCCGGUGAUGCCCGGGAUUGAAUAGAAGCAUCCUCAAACCUCACAUCCAGCCAUGAAGAGCUGCAGCGUGUUGGCGUGGUUCCUGCUAAUGGUGCACAUUCCAGGUUGUGUGGAGGGAGCAAGCAGUUAUCCUCGGUUACGAUUGCGCCACGGGCCCAACAAGGAGCUGAUUCUACAGAGAGAUGUUGAACAAGACGAAGAGGAGGAGGAUGUCCUAUCCGUCCGGAAGCGGUGCGAAUGUCGCUGUCGUAGUAGGGUGCACAACAGCGACUGGGAGUGCUGCCCAUGUCCCUGGACUAACCAGGUUUGUUUCCCCGGUGACGCCACACUUACACUGGAGGAUGGCACUGAUAUCCCAAUGAAGAACCUCAGAGCGGGGCACAAGGUGAAAACAGUUGCCAAUGGCCAGGUGAGCUUCACCGAGGUGAAAACCUUUCUGAAACGUCAGCCAGCAAAGAGCGCCCUCUACCUGACGAUAUCCACGGCAAGUGGGCCAAGCCUGACUCUCUCCGGGCGCCAUCUUGUUUUCGUCGCUACAAGCAACAACACUGACAGCAUGCUACCACGGUUCGCGCUGACCGUGAAGCCAGGGGACUACCUGUUCUCAACAGGGACCUGUGGGCAGCCUCUGUGUCCAGCCCUGGUCACUGACAUUCAGCCUGUUGUCAAAGAAGGCGUGUAUGUGCCACUUACAGACGAAGGAACAGUUCUCGUUGAUGGCGUCUUUGCUUCGUGUUACUCCUCUAUCGACCAUCAUAUUGCGCAUGCGUUCACAGCGCCUUUCCGGUGGUUUCCAUGGCUACUCAAUUCAUGGCAAAAUGACGGCUAUAGCCCACUUGUUGAUUGGCUGAAGCAGUUCGGUCACAUGAUCUUACCAACAAAUCGUCAAUUUGAAGAGGUUGGGAAUCCAGCUCUCCCUCAACUUCGUAUAGAAUUGUAAUUGACAAAGAACAUUUACAUUUUCUUGCAGCAGGUUUUCAUGUACCAGAAAGCGUUUCAGAAACGGGUUUAAUCAAGUUUAUACUACACAACAUUCGAUAGGGAUAUUCAGAGUGUGGGAUGUAAACUGAGUGUGAUUGGAUGCUUGGAGAUGGUGUUCCACAAGGAUCAUAUCAGGUAAAUGGAGUACAUUCAGCUUAUUAAAAGUAAACAAAAGGAAGUACAUCAGUAUCCUUUCCAAGUGUUGAGUAGCAUAUCAACGAUCGCCAAUAUCACCACUACAAAUGCGUAUCCACAUAACAUUUAUAUACUCCAUAGCGUAGAGUAGUGUCUCCGUAGGAAAGCGACUUUCUUCAUGCCAGCAGUUAAUGGGUACCCGGUAGGACGAGAUCGUAAAGUGACUGUAAAACAUGUUUCACAAGUGCACGUUUAAAUGGGUAAAAUCCAUGUUACGCUUUGUGCAUGCUUUUGUGUGCAGAUAGGCACUUCGCACUAUAAAAACUGUUUCGAUGUUAAACACAUCCAUGUUCUAUAUUGUUAACGGGUUUAGGUGUAUAUAAACUUGUCUUGGCACUAAACGUUUUCUCGGCCAAAAUGUGGGAAAGAUGCAUGUAUAAAAACUAAACGGGGUUUGCAUUAAGAGAGUGUUUCGACAGAACGCAUUAAAUGUGUUUCCCGUUUAGGAUUUUGUUUAUAUCUACUUAUUUAGUGUAUGUGUUUGCAUCCUAAACACUUAUUACAAUGAACAAAUAAGCACAUUGUUCUUCACAUUUCUUCCUGUUUUAUUUGUCCGUGUAAAUCCAUAUCUAGAUAUUCGUUAUUAUAGGUUAAUAAAUAUACGCUGUAA